AUGGACUACAGUACGGCAUCGGCUGCGGAGCCAAUGCAUGUCGACCGCAAGCUGCUCUACACAAGUUUGGAAGAGCGAAUCAAGUACCUCCAUCACUUCCUCGACUUCAACUCAAGCGAUAUCGAAGCACUGUUGACCGGCAACAAAUACAUCAAGCAGUUGAUUCCGGCAGUGGUCAACCUCGUAUAUAAAAAGCUCCUCCAAUACGACAUCACAUCUCGGGCCUUCCACACACGGACAACAGUCGACGAGACCGAGCUCGAUGAUGACUAUCUCCACGAAGAGACCCCAAAAAUCAAGCGACGCAAGAUGUUCCUGCGGUGGUACCUGACGCGUCUAUGCCAAGACCCUACCACAAUGGACUUCUGGCGGUACCUGAACAAGGUUGGCAUGAUGCACAGCGGACAAGUCCGUUUGUCACCACUCAACAUCGAGUACAUCCACCUCGGCGCAUGCAUCGGAUACAUCCAAGACAUCUGGAUUGAAGCGAUGAUGUCGCACCCGCACCUGUCGCUGCGACGCAAGAUCGCGCUCGUGCGCGCCGUCAACAAGAUCCUCUGGAUCCAGAACGAUCUCUUUGCCCGGUACCACUCGAACGACGGUGAGGAGUUCGUGGACGAAAUGUCUGAUUUCGCCAGCUACGCUGAAGAUCAGGAGGGAUACCUUGGCAACAAGCGCAUACUUGGCAGCAGCUCCGGUAGCUCAACUGAGGAUGACCGGUCCAGUAUUUCUAGUGGUGUUGCGCCUUCUAUCGAUAGUGCGGCGCCGUCAAAUUCAUCCAAGGUGUCGGCUUGUCCUUUCGCGGAAAUGGGCAAAGCUAGUAAUUCGACUGAGACAAAGAUUUGGGCCAAUUGA